AUGAACAAAGUCUUCAGACAUCAGUUGAGGAAAUCUGUAUUGGUGUUCUUUGAUGAUAUACUGGUUUACAAUCGUACUUGGGAGGAGCACCUCAGUCACCUAGAUACAGUUUUGAGCAUUCUGAGCAGGGAGUCCUUGUAUGCCAAGGAAUCCAAAUGUGACCUUGGAAUGACUGAGUUAUUGUACUUGGGCCAUAUUAUCAGUGCAGAGGGAGUGCGGAUGGAUCUCGAGAAGAUUUGUGCUAUUGUAGAUUGGCCUACUCCAGUGAACCUCACUCAGUUGCGUGGGUUCUUGGGCCUAUGUGGUUUCUACCGCCGUUUUGUUAACGGUUAUUCGUGCCAUGCGGCACCUUUGACAGACUUGAUGAAAAAGGGUGCCUUCUUAUGGACUCCUCAGGCCCAGGAGUGUUUUGAGAGGUUCAAGGAGCUCAUGACUUCAUGUCCAGUACUUGCUACACCUGACUUCUCGAAGUCAUUUGAGUUACAAUGUGAUGCCUCUGGUGAGGGCAUUGGGGCGGUGCUUAUGCAGGACAAACACCCUAUUGCCAUGAGAGUAGGAAACUCCGUGGACCUGAGAGAAUUUACAGCAUUUAUGAUAAGGAAAUGUGUGAUAGAGGGGUCAGUAGUGGACAGCAGGUAUAAAGUUGUAAAUGAAUUGAUCAUUUAUAAGGGGAGAGUGUACUUGAUCCCAGGAUCGGAGUUGAGGAGAAGGGUACUGCGGUUCUGUCAUGAUGAACCGAUAGCAGGACAUCUCGGGUUUUUCAAAACCUAUAGACAGGUGCGUGAGCGCUUCACAUGGAAAGGGCUCAAGGCGGAUGUUCUACAGUAUGUUAGAGAGUGCCUUGUUUGGUUACCGAGAGCGCAGGGACGUGAUUGCAUAUUUGUGGUUGUGGAUCGUUUGACGAAGUAUGCUCACUUCUAUCCGAUCACCACCACUUAUUCAGCUAUUCAGGAGCUUUUCAGACUCUGUGGGACCGAUCUUACACUGAGCACCAGUUACCACCCUCAGACUGAUGGCCAGACUGAGAUAGUUAACAAAUGGGUGGAGGGAUACCUCAGGAACUAUAUUUCAGGGCAGCAAAAGGCGUGGGUGAAGUGGAUUUACCUCUGUGAGUACUGUUACAAUACCACUCACCACAUGUCCAUUCAAAUGACUCCCUUUACAACACUGUACGGGUAUGAACCUCCCAGUUUCAUUGACUUAUUGUUGAGUGACAGUAGGGUGCCUAGUGUGGGAGACAUGAUACAGGAGAGUCAGGACAUUGUGAAGACUCUUAAGGAAAAUAUAGCCAAGGCACAAAAUCAGCAAAAACAAUAUGCUGAUCAGAAGAGGACAGAGAGGUCAUUUGAGGUAGGAGACAUGGUGUAUUUGAUGUUGCAGCCUUAUCGACAGUCUACUCUCAGGAGGAGUGGAGUAGAGAAGCUCAAGCCUCAAUAUUAUGGCCCUUUCAGAGUAACCAAGCGUAUAGGUGAGGUGGCUUAUGAGUUGGAUUUACCGGUAGAUAGUAGAGUACACAAUGUGUUUCAUGUGUCACAUCUCAAAAAGGCGUUGGGACACCGUAUUGUUCCUUCCACGGUCUUACCACCCCUGGAUGAUGAGGGAAAGUUGAUACUCGUACCUAAGGCUAUCAUUGAGUUCAGGGAGAGGAAUUUCAGGAGACGAACUAUCACAGAAUACCUGGAGUUUUGGCCAAGGGUUUCAGCAGAAGAUUCUUCUGCAGUGAUCAGAGGUAUUGGUAUAGGAAAACGUGGGACUCUUGUACAACAGCAUCAGAGGCUGUGA